AUGGCAUCCUGUACGAUCCCUACGACGAUUUCAUCAUCAAUGCGAGUAACUCCAUCACCCGCGGAACACUUGAUGAUGACUUCACAGACGAGUAAUGUCCUCCGCAACCGGACCUCUGCCGUUGGUGCGGCAAAGGCCGACGGCCAUCCGACGACCAACUAUUGGGGCACCGAUGGCACCUACGGCUACGAUGGACGAUGA